UUUCGGGGAGAGACACCACGAGCGAACGGCCCAAAAAGGGCUCGGACCACGCGCGCGGCGCGCGCCCCCUGCAGGCAAAGGGGGGCGGGGGGCGCGCGGACGCCCUGGACUCCUGAGCGGGGGCCGGGCUGGAGGCGGUCGUCCUUCCGAGUCGACACGCGGUCCAUGCACGGGCCCCCCGCCAGGCCGCCCGCGCGACGCGCCGCGAGGCGGAAAGCUGGGGGCGAGGUGAGGAGGGCACCGUCGGCCCAGCGAAGGCGCACCCCCUCUCGCGAGAGCCCGUGGGCGCCGCGGGCUUGGCCCGCGCGCGAGCGCCCGGAAGGGCUGGCCGGAGCCAACCGCGUCCUCGGGCGCUCCAAGGUGGUCCUCGGCGGUCCUCCAACGGUAUGCUGCACGACAGCUUGACUGCUGCGUGCAACGAGGGGGGCCCAUGACGGAUCGCCUACAAUAGCAUGUGGGGAUCCACAAGAGGGGCCGGGAGGUGGGCAGGUGCGACUGCCAGCGGGCGGACGGGCCGAGACGGCGGCUCCGCCACGCCAGGCGUCGACCCUCGCGGCGGGCGCUGAGAAAUGGCCGUCCAGCAUUUGCCUCCCCGACCCUCCCCCCAGGCGCCAGAAGCACCAAGACGCCAGCCCGCUGCGAUCGAUGACCUUCGGGGAACUUGUUGGCCGACAUGAAGAAUGGGGAGCAGGCCGCCCCCCCUUCAGUGGAGCUCCAUGUUCCUCCUCCUCCUCCGUGACAACGUCCCACUGAAGGUCAACCAUCGCCUUGAAGCCGCGAAGACAGGGCAGGGUCGUCAGCGCGACGCACCGGGCAUACUUUGUCCCGUCUGGCACCACGCAUGGCCAGGAAGAGAUCCUACUGUCUCUGCGUUGAACCCC